AUCUCUUUGCUUCAUACGCACUUCUACAUUACACGCCAUCUUGUCAGGCUGUUGCCAUCUGUCACAUGGCAGUGUAAUGGUUGCAGAACGUUGGCAGCAAGGUUCAGCCUCUGUUAUCAUACUACCAACAUCCACCUCUGAUGUCAAGGGCCAACAGCAUAAAAUAGGAGGCAUUACUUUCAGAGCAGUCCUCAAACGUGUAUGUCAGUAGGUGUGAGUCAAUAUGCGUAGGUGUCAGUGCUGCAUGUGUACCCUUGUGAUGUGUGCAGGAUGUGUGAGCCCAGCCUGGGUGCUCUCUGCAUGCAGGCAUUUGGGUUCAGUUUGGGCUCUGUGUCCGCAGAGGUCGGGCAGCAAGCACACGACCACGCCGGCGGAUAACUACUACCUGGCCCGAAGGAGGACUCUGCAGGUGGUGGUCAGCUCCUUGCUCACUGAAGCUGGCUUUGAGAGUGCUGAAAAGGCUGCGGUGGAAACACUGACAGAGAUGUUACAGAGCUAUAUUUCUGAAAUUGGAAGGAGUGCAAAGUCCUACUGUGAGCAUACAGCCAGAACACAGCCUACACUCUCUGAUAUAGUGGUUACUUUAGUGGAAAUGGGGUUCAAUGUUGAAACGCUUCCCGCAUACGCAAAGCGCUCCCAGAGGAUGGUCAUCACUGCCCCUCCUGUGACAAAUCAGCCUGUGACUCCCAAAGCCCUGACAGCUGGGCAGAACAAGCCACAUCCAUCCCACAUCCCCGGCUAUUUUCCUGAGUUUCCAGAUCCUCAUACCUACAUCAAGACACCAACAUACCGAGAGCCAGUGUCUGAUUACCAAGUGCUGCGGGAAAAGGCAGCGUCUCAGCGGCGCGACGUGGAAAGAGCUCUCACCCGCUUCAUGGCUAAGACAGGAGAAACGCAGAGUCUCUUCAAAGAUGACGUUAGCACAUUCCCAUUGAUUGCUGCCAGGCCUUUCACUGUACCCUACUUGACAGCUCUUCUCCCCUCUGAGCUCGAAAUGCAGCAAAUGGAAGAAACAGAUUCAUCUGAGCAAGACGACCAGACAGACACAGAGAACCUGCCCUUGCAUAUGAGCACGGAUGAUUCCGGACCUGAAAAAGAGAAUGCUUCAGUAUUACAGCAGAACACCUCCUUGUCUGGCAGCCGGAAUGGGGAGGAGAAUAUGAUAGACAACCCUUACCUCCGGCCAGUGAAAAAGCCCAAGAUCCGCAGAAAGAAAUGAAGUGUGGUCAGCUGGCUGCUAGAAGAAAGAGGAGCCCAUUUCUCUGGCUGUUAUGAGUAGUCACCUCUGCUGCUGUGGGUAGGAGGCAUGGAGCACAGGAGGGGCAGUCCGACCGAGUGACAGAAGCAGAGGAAUGAUCUGCCUAACAAACUACACUGUCAUCACUGUUUGCACUGCUCCCUCUUUCUCCUCUGCUUUCCUCCUAACUGGGAAUCCUAAGUGGUCAGUUGCCUUAAAAGUGGUGAAAACCACUGAGUUACAGAUGGGAAUUGUCUCAUUUGGUUUCUUCUGACUGUUGGGGAGAUUUACUCUUUAAAGAGGCGUGGGAUGCAAAGAUUCUUGCUGCUCUACAGAACACAAAGACAUAAUUUGUUUUUGGCUGCCUUACAAGCUAGGAAAGAAACUUCUGCAGGGAACCUUGUUUAGCUUUAUAAUCUGUGGAGCAUGUAUUUAGAGAGAGAAAAAUCCCACAGAGGUUUCUUUCUUUUGGUUGUUGGCAGGUAAAAGCAAACACGUUUAUUGAAGAAUGAAGUGUAAAUGAAAGCUAAGAUGGCAUUUAUUCUCAGCUUUUCUGACUGCAGCUGCACUUCCAACUUAAGAGUGCUGAGUGUGGUGUUUACCCUACUCUGCUUUGAGAUUAUUUGCUAGCAGUACCAAUGGCAGAUUCAGCAGCUGCCUCAGGCUCUUUUUGAGUUCUGUUGUUAGUUUCAGCACAGCACAAGUCCUUUGAGAGUUCAUGCCUUCACCAGCUGUUUUGAAAGAUUCUUGCUGCAAAGCUUGGAGUAUGGAAUAAAGCUGUAUUGAUUACAGUCUGCAGGGCUGUGCUAUUGA